GGGCAGGAGGGCAGGGCUGGAGGAGGAGCCGCCGCCGCGCUUUAACCCAGCGCCGGGAGCGGGGCUGCGCGGCCGGCCGGGCCAUGGAGGUGGCGCGGGACGGCGUGGGAUCGCUGCUGCGAUCUUUCAUAUCCAUGGGAGCAUCUGUGGGAGCAGUAACAAGACAGACCCUGUUCCCUGCUCUCAUGCCUGCAGGGCGCCCUUUCCGUGUGUCCAACGCCUCCCGCAGCAGCCGGAAGGGAAUUGUUGCAAGCAGCCUGCAGGAGCUCCUCAGCAAGACUUUAGAUGCCUUUGUUAUAACUGCUGGAAUAGUUACUCUGGUUUUGGAGGAAGAUGGCACAGUUGUGGACACAGAAGAGUUCUUCAAGUCCCUGGAUGAUAAUACACACUUCAUGGUUCUAGAAAAUGGACAGAGAUGGACACCAACAAAAAAUGGAGUUGUCGCUGUGAGAAAAAAGAAGAAAAUGGGAGUAGCUAACAUCACAUUUGAUCUGUACAAACUGAACCCUAAGGAUUUUAUUGGCUGCUUAAACAUCAAGGCAACCUUCUAUGAGAUCUACUCUAUCUCAUAUGACAUCAAAUGCAUGGGAGCAAAAAGUGUAUUGAGGAAAGUGCUCCAGCUAAUGUCCCAUGCAGCACAAAUAACUGGACAGUUUCUGCUCUACACUGGAACGUACAUGUUGCAGUUGAUGGGUGAAUAUGAUGAAGAUGACAUGUGCACAAGAUCCAGGAGGGAGUAAUGACCAAGCUGCACUCUUUAUGCUGAAUCCUUGUGCUUAAAGACAUUCUCUUGCCCAGUUCUGUUUGUAAUAAUGUUGUAGUGGGGGGAUGUGCACUAAUGUGAGCUAAUAUUUUUCUGUUUGGGAGUGCUUUUAGGCCUUAGUCAGGAAGUGUUGGAUGUUCACAGGCUCUUAACACCACACAAAGAUGGGUGCCUAAUGCCUGAGAAUCUGGCAAAAGGAGAGAGGGGAAAGGGUUUUGCCCCAGCAAUUCAAAAUGGAAAAUAAGGAUUCUUGGAAACUUGCAUGCUUUGCAACCAGUGGAAUAUUUUUUGCACCAAUCAAGACAUUUUGUACUUUUGGGUUUUGUGUUUGGUUUUUUGUUUUUUUUUUUUUUCCAUGGCUAUCUACUUGCAUUCUGAACAGACUGGGCUGUAAGGUGAGGGCAGAGGGGACUGUGGGGUUUUUUUGUUUAUUUGUUUGUUUGAAUCCUUAGCAGUGCUGGCAUUAGUGGGAAACUGACAUUGAGGUGAAGUGUUCCUAUUUAGUCCUGCUGACAAUGGAACUACAUAGUGCAACUUCAGCCCUGCUUCAGUAACUGACUCUUUUCAUGAAGUCUAAUUGGAGAUAGUGCAACUACUAAGCAGAAGGUUAAGAUUUAGCCUUACUUCCCUUAAAACAAAUAAACCCCUUUCAUUAUAGUUCUUUAUAAUUUUUUUUUUCAAAUCUUCAGGAUGUUCAGGUGGUUAUAGCUCACACAGUGGUAGAACCUGAUAAUUUUUUAAUGAAUCUGAUGUCCAGUUCUGCCUGAGCAUUCAAUAAUCUGCCAUGGUUUCACGAAUAUGACUUAUAAGGAACCUGCUGCAGGUUUUUCCAGGGGUUAAACCACCACUUCUGUAGGUUUUACUGUUACAAGAUGACACUUGGUGCCAAGUUGGGCUAGAGGUACAUGUAAGAGAUGCUGGAUAUUUUGUUGCCCUUGAGUUCAGGGGAGAGCAGCAGGACACUCACUGUCUAGUCUUGCAUGACAUACAUAUAUGCUUUAAAGCUAAUAUUUGCAGUAUCAUAGUCUCCCAAGACAAGCUGUAUUAAAGGACAAAAUAAUGUUUCCUGCAGUUUACUGAAAUGUUGCUAUGUCCAGCUUUCAGUAAGCUCUUCCUCAACAGUGUAAAAAAUUGGAGAACACGUAGCCUUAGGCAUCUUGGAAAAGACCACUAUGGACCCCACAGUGCUUGCUGUGCCACUGAGACAGGAAUCCAUUCCCUGUGUGCACCAACUGCACUGAGCUGACCUGCUACAAGAGAAGCAGGAAGGUGGGAAAGAUGAAGUAUCAUGGCUGGUGGUUUCUGUUCUGACCUCUUAGCUGGCUCUGUUCACGUCAAAGGUCACUGAUACAGGGGAAAAUGGCUCUUGCUUUUAGCUGCAAAUCUCCCCUUCAUGUGCUCAUUUUUGCCUUCCCACUGCGAGCAUGGCUAUGCCAGCUGGAGCUGCAUCUCUCAAAUGCAGCCAAAACCCAAGUGCUAAAGGACUGAUGGACACGAGUUUUAGUCAGUCUCUGCCCGUCUCUUAAGUAAUGGUAUUACUAAUAAAUAGACAGCUAAGAAAAAGCUUGGUGUCUUCUCCUGUUGUUUCCCAUCUACUUCUGAGUGUUUGCUGGAGGAGGCAGACAGCAUACUGCCCCAGACAAGAGGAGAAUUUAUUCUUUCUUAAUUUCUCACAGGGAGAAGGCCUGGGGCUUGCAGCACUGUCAGGUGUCCUUCAGAAGAAAACAAUAAACUAUUCUGGGAGUAAUGAGAAAGCUUCCAUUUUGAUAUAACCUCUUUAUGUUUUAUCUGUAUUUUUCCUCACAUCCCCUGCAUAAAUGAUUGUUGCCAUGUUAAUCAUCUUUCUUUCUUAAGUCUUUCUUUCCUUGUCAAGGAAUUGCAUUUAACUGGCUUAACAAGGACAUGGGAAUUUUUUUAGCUUUUAAUGACCACUUAUUCUAUUAAAACAAGCACACCUCUUGAAAGCAAAUUCUCUAAAAUGCUUCUAUGAAUAUUUAUGUUGCCUAUGGUGGGAGCACUAGCAUUAAAUAAAAGUAAAACAACCAGAAGAGCUCAUUGAUGCUUUGAGCUACUUCUUCAACAACUGUAGUACAAAAGCUUCUGCAUGUCUGAACUGUGCAUAUCCCAAAUUCCAGCCUUCUCUAGCCAGAGGCAAUUAUUGCAGGACUAACACUCCAUAGUUUACAGUGACACUAUCUGGUGUAAUCUAGCAGUGAUCUGAAAAGCUAACCUACUUUGAAUGUGCAAUGUUUUUAAGCAGCUGCUCCUUCAGCAGCUUAAAACUUGAGCUGCUGAAGUUCCUGUAUGCAGCAGUCUCCAUCUUGGAGCAGUUCCCUCUGUUCAGCUGUUUGCAUUUUGAAUUAAAGUAGCUCAGCUUUGGUAUUUUCUCGAAAUGGGAGAAGUGUCCUGGAAGUUGUGGUUAAAAUUGUUUCAUUGCUUCUGAAUCUGGAUCUUUCACAGGCUUAGUAUUUGGAGGUGAUAUUUACUACUCUGCCAGCUUCUUUCUGGACAUAAAAUUUUGGCUCCAAGUCAAACUGGAGGAGUUUGUCAUUCUCUGAGUUGGAACCAGUUUGCUUUUGUUUUGUUUUUUUUUACACACUGCUUAGGAAGCAUAGCUUUUACUUCAGCUGUAUAUCAUAUGCAGCAAAGAAAAACUUCUGCAUUAUCUACCUUUUAGAAAACUAUAUACAAAUGCUGUACAAUACCUAGCAAGACAGAAAAAACUAAACUCUUAACUAGGCUCUUAACUGCAGGAAAGUGGAGAAGCAGCUAAUUUAUAUUUUUUUUCCUUUUUUUUUUUUUUUUUUUUUUUUGGCAUUUUUAACUUUAGAUUUAUUUCCUAUAAGCUCAGUUAACCUGCACUUGUUGCUAUUGCAGACAAGGCUGGGACCGAAGGUGUAAAAUUGCAGAAGGUGUAAAACAUGUUUUCUGCCUCCUUGUUUGCACUGACCCUUUUUCCCUGUUGCUUUGCAUCACUUACUAACAAUGCACCAAGUCCUACUCUCUGGUUACCAAAAAAGGAAUUUUCACUGAACUAAGAGACCUUGUUGACUCAGGCACUGCUCAUGUUCUGCAGACAGAGCAAAGUUGCUUUCUUUAUGACCAGAAUGAAGAAUCUAGUAGCUUUUGUGUGUGUGCAGUUUAUCAUUACUUCAUUUCCUUCCUUUCAUAAACCCAUGAAAGUUUGCUUGCACCUUCCAAUUCUUUCAGGAGAAAAGGGAUUACAAGCUCUUCUGUCCAGGGAGAGAAGAAAAUGCAGGGUCUAAAUUUCUUAGAUCAUUUGAAAUAUGCUGUAGGAAGCAUUAUGAAUCCCUUUCCUACAGAGGAGGGGAAGAUAAAAGCAGGAAAAUUGGACUUUGAGCUGGAAUUUUUUUCAGUGAAGUGUGCAGAGAGGUAGGUAUACACAAUUUUGGAAAUGUUGGUAAUUUUAACUGUGAAGAUAACAUAUGAUAAUUUGUAACUGGCAGAAAUAUAAUUCUAAAUAAUUUCAGUGUGCUUCCUCCCUGAAAUAACACUUGAACUAAAGGCACAAGCUAAUUAAUUAAAAGUUAAAAAGACAAAAGUUUAAAACCAAAGUACAAAGCAUGUUUUUGACUUGAUGCCCCAAGGUUUAUUAGAGGACUUAAUGUGAUUAACAUCCCACUUCAGUUAUGUAUCAGCAAGUAUCCUUGUGGGGCUUAGAGUUUAUUACUGCUUUUUCUACCUUACAUUGUCAUAUGUGUAGCUAAGAUGUUUUUCAGUGUAAGGAUUGUUAUUUUGCUAAGGGAAAAUAUCAUAUUUUCCCACUUCACAAUUUUUAAUCUCAGUAGUUUAGCUUGCUGUGAAAAUUGAGAUGGGUGAAAAUUGUGUUCAGUGAUGGCAAUAUUUUCUGCUGUGUGGUGCCAAUUUUAAGGAACAUUGUUCAUUAAUAAAUAAAAUCAAGUAGUGGCUUUGGA